CAAAAACAUGUGUGGAUAAUACCAGCUCUCAGUGGUGUCACUGGUUUCUCGUCCUGCAGAUGUACGGGCUCAUCUGGCUGACUGACCUCCGGAGUAAAAUAGCCAGAAUCGACCUGUUGAUCAUGUUGACCUCGGCUCUGUGCCACGACCUCGACCACCCGGGCUACAGCAACGUCUACCAGAUCAACGCUCGGACCGACCUGGCUCUUCGCUACAACGACAUCUCGCCGCUGGAGAACCACCACUGUGCCGUCGCCUUCGGCAUCAUGUCCAAGCCAGAGUGCAACAUCCUGAAGAACCUGAGCAGCGAUCAGUACAAAAACAUCCGAGGAGGAAUGAUCAGAUGCAUUCUGGCCACCGACAUGGCGAGACACAACGAAAUCCUCAACAAGUUCAAAAGCAUUCAGCCGGUGUUCAACUUCACCAACAAGGAGCACAAGGAAGUGCUGAUGAAGAUCAUGGUGAAGGUGAGCGACAUCUCCAACGAGGCGAGGCCGAUGGCGGUGGCCGAGCCCUGGCUGGACUGUCUGCUGCAGGAGUUCUUCAACCAGGUUCUCUACUCUCCCUUUACUGAUCAAUACACAAAGAAUUAAAGAAACGUUCUUCUACAAUACAACCUGUUGUUGUUGUUGUUGUUGUGCAGAGCGACUCAGAGAAACUCAAAGGGCUCCCGGUGACUCCCUUCAUGGACCGAGACAAAGUGUCCAAACCGUCCUCUCAG